AUGAGGCAGCAGCUGCAGGAUUCAAUGGAUACUUCGGAGGAAUUUUUGCAGCAAACUAAUAAUGAAAUUUAAUGGAAGUCGCUCGUCAAACCAUCUGCGAACAAUCAAACUGUAUAAUAAUUUACGUCUGAAUCCCAUGGUUCAUAGACAACUAUCCUCAGAAAUAACCACUAGAGCCUGCUAGAUGAAACAAAUUCAUACAAAGGUCGCUCUUUUGAUGAUUCAAUUACAACCGAGGAGCAGAGAAAGAGAAGCAAAAAACAACAAUCAAGUAAAAUUUCACCUAAUCAUAAUAAAAGAACUUAGUCCCUAGGGGUCGUAUAUGAAGAAGAUAGUCGCAACUACUACUCAACCCACCAGAAUUUAAAAGAAUGA